CAAUGUUAAUGUAAUGCACCAGACCCAUACGGGCAAUAUGAGUGUCGAUGUUUCUUCGUCAACGACAAUAUAGAGACAAAUUCACAGGUGAAGAAGGUAGGGGAUUAAUCAACGAAGAUGACUACUAACAGGUUAAGUGAAAAUGGACUCGAAAUGGACGGUAUAUGUGAAGAGAAACGAACAAAUUCUUCAAGGUUUUUGGUUACUUGUACGUUUCCAAAAUGGAGGUCAUGGAGAUUAGUUUACCAUGUACUUUUAUUUGUUGUUUUGAUUGCUCCUCCUGGACGAUGUGCUAGAGAUUCCAAUCGUUCGACGGAAUUGAAAAAGAGGACAGCAGCUAAUGUCAAUAUCACUUACAUAGAUGAUAACAAAAUGACUCAUGUGUUAUUCCAAAAAGCUAAAGAACUUGGCCAUUUCGGUGUCAACAGCAAAAUAGCUCCGGAAUCUGGACAAGUCGUUAGCGUGUUGACGAUUGAAAAUAAAACAGACGGAUGUAAAGAUCUGAAAAAUGAUUUACCUUCAAGGAAUUGGAUUGCUUUAAUUCAAAGAGGAAAUUGUCCUUUUAAAAAAAAGAUCGAAAUUGCAGCUAAAACAUACAAUGCGUCAGCCGUUGUCAUUUACAAUUCUGAAGAGGAACCAGAAACCGGCAACAACAACGAGAUUGAGUUACUCACGGGAGUUGAAGAUGUGGUUACAAUCUACAUUAAGCACCAAGAAGGCCUGAAGAUUGUUAAUCUGUUAAAAAAGGACUUCACAGUAUUGAUGCAUAUAACAGUUGGAACUGUAACACUACCCAAGACCGAGGACCCCAUCUUCAAUCCUCACAACAUUAGCAAGACCUCAGUCCUCUUUGUUUCUAUUUCAUUCAUUGUGCUGAUGAUUAUCUCCCUUGCCUGGCUGGUUUUCUACUAUAUUCAAAGAUUCCGUUACGCCCAUGCCAAAGAAAGGUUAACGAGACGGUUAGCGAGUGCUGCCAAGAAGGCGAUAGCUAAAAUUCCCCAGAGAACAGUCAAGACUGGAGACAAGGAGCUGGAGUCUGAGUUUGACCAAUGUGCUGUGUGUAUAGAAGGGUACAAAGCCUCUGAUGUCAUCAGGAUACUCCCUUGCAAGCAUAUAUUCCAUAAGUCAUGUGUGGACCCCUGGCUUCUAGAGCAGCGAAGUUGUCCCAUGUGUAAACUUGAUAUACUGCGUGAAUAUGGAAUGCAGGUCCAUUUGAACAGCAGCCAGGAGAGUGUUCAUGCUGAGGUCGAGAGUGGAGCGAUACCGUCAGCGAUCGCAGAUGAUGUGGAACAUCCGCCAUCUUCUUUAGAAGAUCAUGUAGGGGCGGAGGGCAUGAACAUUGUGCUUAUCAGUCAUCCAUCGCUACAGUAUCAUGGUAGUGAUACCUUCUGUGUCAAGGAGGAAAUGAGUACAGAGAGCACAGCAUUAAAUCCGAUUCACUCGGGCACAACCAAGGUGUCACCAAAUGUACAGUGUGUACGGGCAGAUAUAGAAAUAGACAGCGAUGAUCAUAACAGUGAUAUGGAUGGAGAAUGUAACGAACUUCACUCCCUCAUGACUGGUCUGCCUCCAGUCAAGGGAAGUAAACGAGACAGCCUGGAAUCAUAACCAGAACGUCUCGGUCAAACCAAGCACGUCUGUAGCAGAGCUGAAAACAAAACAAAAACAUUCUUUGCCGUACUAUGUGAUAGUUAUUGGUUUGAUGGAGGCGUUGGAUAUUGUCAGUGGAUUAGAUGACUGCCAGCUGGAAAACAGACAAAGUAAUACCACAGUGCUGAAAUGACAGACAAUGAAUUAUCUAUCUGUUAUUGUUCUUGUUUGACCAACAACAUUGAUAUCAAAUGUAUUGAAAGACAAGACUUAGUGCUGAACAAACCAGUCUUAAGAGAUUAGGCCUUCUGUGAAUAGAAGGUCAUCUUUCAAGACUGGUUAUACUAGAAUCAUUAUUAUGAUGAUCUAAAGAUUGGUUCCUUAAUAUUAACAGGUAGGAAUGGCAAAUACAAAAAUUGAUGUGAGGGUAUGUGUGCAAUGUUAUAAAGACUUUUAAUGUGACAAAAGAAAAAUCACAAAUUUGAGAAAAUGCUCGGAUUAAUAUCGCAAGGUAAAUAAUUCAAAGUUAACUGUUCGGUCAACUGUUUGAUGUUAUAAACAUGAGAAUGUAUUCAUUGAUAGAAAGAUGUGAUAAAUAGUGCUAUAUUUACUCCCAGAAAACGUACCUAGUAGUAAAGAUACGCUGAUUGGCUGACGAUUCACAAUGUGGUGGGAAGGCCGAAUCUUUUCUCAACAUUGUCUUUGUUAUAGUUUUAAAUGUGAAGUUUCAAAAAUCUUCGUUGUUUACUAUUUAAAAAUUGAAAUGUAUCAUUAUUAUUAUUAUUAUUAUAUUAUUAUUAUUACUAUUGUUCCUACAUGCCAGUGAAAUGAUUUUAAAUAUUGUUAUUUUGUUUAACUGUACAAAAAAAAAUCUAUGUACUGAAUAUAAUGUAAAAAAAAGUUGUGCAGAUGUAAUAUAUGUAUGUUUAUUUUCUUGGUGUGGAAUUUGAAUCUUCCACAUCAGGGAAAGAUUUGAAUCGCUAACAGCUGUUUAUAGAGGAUGAAAGUGUAUGUAUGUUGAAUGUAUUCGUGUAAGCAGAUUAAUGACAGAAUAUCUAUAUAUAAUAAACCACCAGUCAGUUUGAACAUGUUUAAGUGACAGUGAAUGAAUUAUUCAAACAUCACCAUUAUAAAUCUGAGAAACCAAUCUCAAGUCUGCCACAACAAAUCUGUGUUUACUCCCACUGUAUAUUAGGUAAAAGACUAUCAAAGAAGAUAUAAAGAAUGUUACAAUGUUUACAGAAGAUUAUUUUAUAUAAAUCAUGUCAUCUUUUAUAUAAAAACAAAAUUGAAUAUCUGGAGAAAAAAACAGAAAUGUGUUAUAUCCAAUAGUCUGCCCAUAUAUCUUCUUUGUUUUUAAACAUAUGUAAAUUAUAUAUUUAUUGGCAUAAGUAAAUUACAGAAAAUUCCAAAAGUCAAAAUUGUUUAAGGUGACACCGGGUACCAGAGACCCCAAAUUUUUUUAGAAUUUGGUUUUAAGACAGGCCGAAGUAUUCAAACAUGCGAGUACACACUAACGUGGGGAGUGUCAAUGUAGAAGAAAACCAAAAAUUAUUUCCUGCUUGUGUUACGGAUAGGAGAAAUAUUACAUCUGAUUAGAUGGAAACCAAACGGUGAACAUCACUGAAAAAACCAAAGGUCCUAAGGAAUUACAUCAAUCACAAUUAUUAACAAGACUAUUUUGGUUUGAAAUAUUUCUACCUAUAACACAUCAUUGAUAUUCGUGAUUAAAAGUUUGUUUUUGAACUCAAUUCAAACUGACUGGAGGAAUGUUAUACGCUGAUACCAUAGAACAUCAUAUUUCUUAACCUUUUAUUUUCAAUAAUUUUCAUUUUCAAUCCUUCAGUACAAAUUAUUAACUAGUAUGGCAAGGCUUUCAGUAGACCUGUCAGGGUAUGUGCAUGCAUUGAGUCUCCACAAAGAUUUUUGGUUCUCUGGAUUUGAAGAAAAGUAUCUGCUAAGUCUUAGUGACAUGUUGUGAACAGUCAUAUUUCUUGGAAAAGGUAAGGACUUCUGUAGUUGAUACAUGAAGAACUAGAGUUCACUGUAAGCCUGCGAUGACAUUUAUAUACUAGUAGUAUACAUUAUCAAAUAAUUUCAAC